GCUCUGCUUCAAUCUCAUGACGUGGUGGCCCAUGAAGUGUACAGCGAAGAGUCCGCCCACCACCCGUCACCAGGCCCCUCCCACACGUCUUCUGGUCCCGCCCACAACUACGUCAAUGGCAGCAUGAGCGGAGGGGGGCGGGGCAACGGAGAGCUGGAUGGCGGAGGGGGCGGAGGCUACAGAGGGGACUCGGCAGACGGCGUCCUGAGAGUGCGUCUUGUGCAGUUCCAGAAGAACACUGAUGAGCCCAUGAUUUAUGUGCGGGCGUUGUUUAAUUAUGACCCACGAGACGAUGACCUCAUUCCUUGUUCCCAGGCCGGGGUGCCUUUCAGAGUUGGAGACGUAUUGCGAAUCAUAAGCAAAGAUGACUCGGACUGGUGGCAGGCCAAGAAAUGGGACAACGAGAGCUCGGGGCCUGCCGGCCUCAUUCCCUCCCCUGAGCUGCAGGAGUGGAGGACAGCUUGCGCAGCCAUCGAGAGGGCCAAACACGAGCAUGCAGCCAAUUGUUCAUGGUUUGCCCGGAAAAAGAAGGACAAGUACCUGGCCAAGCAUAAUGCUGUGUUCGAUCAACUUGACCUUGUAACCUACGAAGAGGUUGUGCGACUGCCACAGUUCAUGCGUAAGACCUUGGUGCUUCUCGGUGCACACGGGGUCGGGCGUCGACACAUUAAGAACACCCUCAUCACUGGACAUCCGGAUAAGUUUGCUUAUCCCAUACCUCCUGUUAUAUCAAAAAAUAAGAUCCCUUUGAAAAUGAUCAUAAGCAAAGAUGACUCGGACUGGUGGCAGGCCAAGAAAUGGGACAACGAGAGCUCGGGGCCUGCCGGCCUCAUUCCCUCCCCUGAGCUGCAGGAGUGGAGGACAGCUUGCGCAGCCAUCGAGAGGGCCAAACACGAGCAUGCAGCCAAUUGUUCAUGGUUUGCCCGGAAAAAGAAGGACAAGUACCUGGCCAAGCAUAAUGCUGUGUUCGAUCAACUUGACCUUGUAACCUACGAAGAGGUUGUGCGACUGCCACAGUUCAUGCGUAAGACCUUGGUGCUUCUCGGUGCACACGGGGUCGGGCGUCGACACAUUAAGAACACCCUCAUCACUGGACAUCCGGAUAAGUUUGCUUAUCCCAUACCUCAUACCACCCGACCCCCACGCAGUGACGAGGGGGAUGGGAAGAACUACUUUUUCGUGUCCCAUGAGGCCAUGAUGCGGGACAUCGCCAACAACGAGUAUCUGGAGUAUGGGACACACGAGGACGCCAUGUAUGGCACCAAGCUGGAGACGAUACGCAGCAUUCACAGCAACGGCCUGAUGGCCAUCUUAGAUGUGGAGCCUCAGGCCUUGAAAGUUCUACGUGCUGCUGAUUAUGCCCCAUAUGUUGUGUUUAUUGCCGCCCCUCGACCUGAAGAGCUGCGGGAGACCCUAAAAAAUAUCAAUGAUUCCAGCCUGGAACGACUUGCCAAUGAGAGCAAACUUUUGGAGAAGGCCUACGGCCACUACUUUGAUUUGAAGAUUGUGAACAACGACAUCGACGAAACAAUCCGAACAUUAGAAAAAGCCAUUGAAGACAUAUGCUCCACUCCCCAGUGGGUGCCUGUGAGUUGGGUCUACUGAGGAGGAAAGGCACAGAUGGAGAGAACGAUGCUGCUGUUGUGUCUGCCACUUGAGAUGUGAACUCUUACUGUGUGUGAUAGGAUCGUUAUUUGUGUAUGUCGUGUAUUUGUGUGAGUUCACACGCGUGUAUAUAUCCCGUGUAUCCGUGUGAGAACCUGUCACAUGUGUGAUUGUUUGUGUCAUUGACUACAAAGUGUGUAUGUUUCUUGGUGAACUCAUUGUGAAAGUUGGUUGAAGAAGUGUAUUUGGUAAUGUCUUCUCUUCUUGAGAACUUUGCACUUGAAACAAACUCUUACUUCUGUCUUUUCAAAAUUCUAUUAAUUGAAAUUAAAAAGAGUGUAAACCUGUA